AUGCCGAAUCCCGAGUCGCUGCCUGACAGGGUUGCUGAGGAGAAUGCUCCUUUGCGCGUUAUCUCCCUCCAGCAACUCGUCGAUGGAGAUGAGGUGUGCCGUGAGCAUUUGCUGAAAGCAUGUACCGAUCUCGGGUUUUUCUAUCUUGACUGUCGGGAGGUUGCUUCUGGCCAGGUCAUGGCAAAUGUACAAUCCAUGUAUGACCUAGCCAUAAGCUUCUAUGAUCUACCUCAAGAUGAAAAGAUGGCGUGGCUUGUGGACCGGGAUCAUGAUGAGCACUUAGUCAUGGGAUACAAACCAGCAGGGCAUGGCAACGGGCCAGUCGAAGGAAAGAAGGACGGGUUCGAAGGGCUUAUGAAGCUUUUCGAACAUCCAAUCUCGAAGAUCAGCGAUCCUUCGACUUUUCCAGGACCUAGUGUGAUCGCAACACAGCUCGACGUGUUGAAAAGUGCUACAGCAAACUUCCGGGAAAUCAGCAUUCUCUUACUGUCUCGACUUUCUGCCGCUUUGGGUUUGAAUGAAGAGCUUGCUUAUCAGCAAUAUCACCGUAAAAACGCCGUUUGCCCAACAGCCUUGGGUCUUCUCAAGUACACCCUCGCAGACGUUGAACCUGAAAAAGUGGGCCAGAUUGCUCAUACUGAUGCUGGAAGUCUCUCAAUCGUCUUCACCGAGGUUGGUGGUCUCCAGGUUCUAAAACCGAAUGAGGAUCAGUGGUACUACAUUGCGCCCAAGCCCGUGCACGCAGUUGUGAACGUCAGCGAUGCGCUUCGCUUCAUUUCUGGGGGACUUCUGGAGUCGAGCUUGCACCGCAUAAUUCCCCACAAGGACGAAGUCACGCGUCACAAGUAUUCUAUUGUUUACCUCUUGCGACCUGAAAUGGAUGCAGAGUUUGUUAACUCGGAAGGUGUUACUUGGAAGGGCCUCGACUGGACGAACAAGAAACAUGCCGUGUUUCGUGCAACAGCCGAGGAGCAAGCCACGGGGACUUACUUGACUGGAAGAGAAGGAUAUGUUGGCUAUUGGGAUCCGGAGGUGGAUAAGGAGAGUGAAACUAUCAUGGGCAUCAAGAACCGGUGUGAUUAUCGUAUAUUGAAAGAGUACUCAGACAACCCUACCUCAUUCACGCGAUCCGUGGACUUCAAUCCCAAGUUACAGGCGACAGCGGAAGGCCAAAAUUCUGGAAUUUUCGCUUUCCUAUUCUCAUUUUGA